CAAAACAGUUCACAUCAAGGUAAUUGAUGAUGAGGAGUAUGAAAAAAACAAGAAUUUCUUCAUUGAGCUGAUGAGCCCCCGCAUGAUGGAUAUGAGUUUACAGAAAGCCCUGCUGCUCACACAAGAGGUGGCUGAGAGGAAGCUGACGGUUGAAGAGGAGGAAGCCAAGAGGAUUGCAGAGAUGGGCAAACCAAUACUUGGCGAGCAUCCCAAACUAGAAGUCAUCAUUGAGGAGUCCUAUGAGUUCAAGAGCACCGUGGACAAGCUGAUUAAGAAGACAAACCUGGCUUUGGUUGUAGGGACACAUUCCUGGAGGGACCAGUUCAUGGAGGCCAUUACUGUCAGCGCAGCGGGUGAUGAGGAUGAGGACGAGUCUGGCGAGGAGCGCCUGCCGUCCUGCUUCGACUACGUGAUGCACUUCCUGACCGUCUUCUGGAAGGUGCUGUUUGCCUGCGUGCCCCCCACCGAGUACUGCAACGGCUGGGCCUGCUUCGUCGUCUCCAUCCUCAUCAUUGGCAUGCUCACGGCCGUCAUCGGCGACCUUGCCUCCCACUUCGGCUGCACCAUUGGCCUCAAGGACUCAGUGACUGCCGUCAUCUUUGUCGCCUUCGGCACUUCUGUACCAGACACAUUCGCCAGCAAAGCUGCAGCCAUCCAGGAUGUGUAUGCUGACGCCUCCAUCAGCAAUGUCACGGGCAGCAACGCCGUCAACGUCUUCCUGGGCAUCGGGCUGGCGUGGUCAGUGGCGGCGAUCUACUGGGCGUCACAGGGGCAGGAGUUCCAGGUGUCGGCGGGCACCCUGGCCUUCUCCGUCACCCUCUUCACCAUCUUCGCCUUCAUCUGCAUCAGCGUCCUCCUCUACCGCCGGCGACCCCACAUUGGGGGGGAGCUGGGCGGCCCCCGGGGGUGCAAACUGGCCACGACAUUGCUCUUCGUCAGCCUCUGGCUGCUGUACAUCCUCUUUGCCACCCUGGAGGCCUAUUGCUACAUCAAGGGGUUUUAG